AUGCUGGCCCUGGCCCUCUGCCUCGCCGGGGCCCUGGCCCUCGCCCACCCCCUGGCCACGCAGCCCGCCGGCAGCGGCAGCGGCAGCGGCACGAACGAAGACCCGGACCUUCUGCGACGCUGUGCAGAUGAGGACGGAUUUGACGCCGUCACCAUGGAUGAGUCGGGCACCAUGCUGUUCUUCAAAGGGGACUCUGUCUGGAAAGGGUUCGACAGCCGAAGGGAGGCCAUCAACGCUUCCUGGCCUGAGUUCCAGGGCCCGGUUGACGCUGCCCUGCGGAUCCACCACCUGGCCAAAGAGGACGUCCACGACAAUGUCUACCUCUUUCAGGGCAAACACGUGUGGGCCUAUGCGCACGGCAAGCUGCGGGACGGCUACCCCCACCUCAUUGAAGAUGACUUCAAGGGGGUGCCCGGGGACCUAGAUGCCGCCGUGGAGUGCCACCCGAAGGAAUGCGCGGCGGAGACGCUCCUCUUCUUUAAGGGCUCCCGGGUUCUCUCCUAUGAUCUGAAAACGGGGGUGCUGAAGGAGCGGAUGUGGCCGGCGGUUGCCAACUGUUCUGCAACUCUGCGCUGGCUGGAACGCUACUACUGCUUCCAGGGCAUCCGGUUCCUGCGCUUCGAUCCUGUCACUGGCGCCGUGCCCCCCGGGCGCUACCCGCUGGAUGCCAGGGACUAUUUCAUGCGCUGCCCAGGGAGAGGUGAGUCGUGCGGCCACGGCCAGGGGGUCAGGCGGAGUGACCGCUGCAGCGGACAGCCCUUCCAGGCCUUCUCCUCGGAUGACUCGGGGCGAAUCUAUGCCUUCCGUGGGGGUAAGUACUACCGUGUGGACUCCAAAAGGGACGGCUGGCACGCCUGGACUCUUAACCAUACCUGGCAUGACCUGCAGGGUGAAGUGGACGCCGCCUUCAGCUGGGAGGACAAACUCUACCUGAUUCAGGGUUCCCAAGUGACCAUCUACCGAUCAGGCCAGGGCUACAACCGUGUGGCGGGGUACCCCCGGCCCCUGCAGGAAGAACUGGGUGUGGCAGGUGUGGACGCCGCCUUCACCUGCCCUCACUCCAAGGAUCUGUAUCUCAUCCAAGGGAACGUCAUUCGGCACGUGGACCUGCUGCAGAGGUCGAAAGGCCCCGGCCCAGCCCGGCCCAGCCCCCACCCCCACGUGGACAGUGCUCUGUGUACCGCUGAGGGGGUGCACCUUUUCCACGGACCCAGCUUCCACCUCUAUGCCAGCGUGGGUGAGCUCAUGGCUGCCACAGGACCUGCAGCUGCCCAGGAUACCGCGGCCGUCUUCUUCAACUGCACCGCCGCGGGAGGCAGUGGUGCUCCCCCCCAUGGCUCUCCACACCAGGGAUGA